CUUGCUUGGCUGGCUUGUCUGAAACAUAACCAGAGAGAUCAAACACCAAAAAAUCUCUCUGCGAAACGUGAACGCGCGAGCUUUCAGUUUCCAGAUCUAAACGACGUUGCUUUAGAUCCACCAUCUUCAAUGGCCUCUUCAUUCAGUGGCGAUGAAACUGCACCUUUCUUCGGUUUCCUUGGUGCAGCGGCUGCACUCGUCUUCUCCUGUAUGGGAGCUGCUUAUGGAACAGCAAAGAGUGGUGUUGGUGUGGCUUCCAUGGGUGUGAUGAGGCCUGAGCUGGUGAUGAAGUCAAUUGUUCCAGUUGUUAUGGCUGGUGUUUUGGGUAUUUAUGGGCUGAUUAUUGCUGUUAUUAUCAGUACUGGAAUUAACCCAAAGGCUAAAUCUUAUUACCUUUUUGAUGGUUAUGCACAUCUCUCAUCUGGUCUUGCUUGUGGUCUUGCUGGGCUUUCUGCUGGCAUGGCCAUUGGGAUUGUUGGUGAUGCUGGUGUAAGAGCUAAUGCACAGCAGCCAAAACUUUUUGUUGGGAUGAUUCUUAUCCUCAUUUUUGCUGAAGCUCUUGCACUUUAUGGCCUUAUUGUUGGCAUCAUCUUAUCUUCUCGAGCUGGUCAAUCUAGGGCAGACUGAGAAGGAAGUGAUGGCUCUUGAUACUCUUCCAUCUUGUCUAUUUGUCUCACUCAUGAGGAAAGAGUUUUAGCAAUUCUCUGAUUAGUCGAUGUGGACUGCAUUUGCAGGGUUCUCAAGAUUUUUCAUGGAGGUAAUAUUCCUCUGCCAUUCAUUUGGUGGUUCCUCUGUCCUGUUUGUAGCAUUAGGAUUGAGUUUCUUUGCUUAAUAAAAGGUUGGAAUUUGAAAAUCCAUCUGUUCAGAUUCAUCUUAUAGUGUAUUUUGCAGAAGUAAUAUCUCUUGGUGGGAGUUUGAUACUUGAACCAUUGCAUGUAUGAGAUCUUAUUAAUUGAUUUGCUUGUAUCUUCAAGUUUACUUAUCUGUUGUUAACAUUGCUUUGUC